AUGCAGGCUAUUCUCAUACACGAGGCCAAAUGGCUCAGUGGGUGUACAACACUGCACUAUGACCCUGACCUGCCAUCCACUACCAUAGUGAUCACGUUUCACAAUGAGGCACGAUCUACCCUGCUGCGCACAGUUCGGAGUGUGUUGAAUCGGACUCCUGUGCAUCUGAUUCAUGAAAUCAUACUGGUAGAUGAUUUCAGCGAAGAUCCAAAUGACUGCCUUCUUCUCACCAAGUUGCCAAAAGUAAAGUGUCUUCGUAAUAAACGCAGAGAAGGUCUGAUCCGGUCUAGGGUUCGAGGGGCGGAUGCUGCAGGAGCUGGGAUCCUGACUUUUCUGGACAGUCACUGUGAGGUCAACAAAGAUUGGCUGCCUCCACUGCUGCAGAGGGCAAAAGAGGACCCGACCUGUGUCGCCAGCCCUGUGAUUGACAUCAUUAAUAUGGACACGUUUGCCUAUGUCGCCGCUUCCUCAGACUUGCGAGGAGGAUUUGACUGGAGUUUACAUUUUAAAUGGGAGCAACUAUCAGCUGAAAAGCGAGCCAAGAGAGCUGACCCUACAGAGCCUAUUAAAACGCCCAUCAUCGCAGGAGGACUUUUUGUGAUUGACAGAUCCUGGUUCAAUCGCUUGGGAAAAUAUGACACGACCAUGGACAUCUGGGGAGGGAGAACUUUGGUGAAGAUUUCUUUUAGAGUAUGGAUGUGUGGAGGAAGCCUGGAAAUCAUUCCUUGUAGCAGGGUCGGCCACGUAUUUCACAAGAAACAUCCUUAUAUCUUCCCAGAGGGCAACGCCAACACCUACAUAAAGAACACCAGAAGGACUGCUGAGGUUUGGAUGGAUGAGUUCAAACUGUUCUACUACUCAGCUCGGCCGGCUGCUAGGGGAAAAUCUUACGGAGACAUUCACGGCAGGCAGGAGCUCCGCGAGAGUCUUAAGUGCAAAUCCUUCAAGUGGUAUCUGGACAAUGUCUACCCAGAGCUCAAAGUUCCUGAUGAUUCCGAUGCGAAGUCUGGUGUGAUCCGGCAGAGACAAAACUGUCUAGAAUCUCGUAUAGUGGAGGGUCAGGAUCUCCCAGUGCUUACACUCGCACCCUGCAGCAUCACCAAAGACGUACCAGCAGCCAAUCAGGAGUGGAUCUACACCCAUGGACAGCAAAUCCGCCAGCAGCAGCACUGUCUGUCCGUCUCCACCACUUUCCCUGCCUCCCAGAUCCUGCUUGUGCCGUGCAACAUCAGCGACGGCAAGCAGCGUUGGCAGAAAUCUGGCACUCACCUGGAGCACCUGGCUUCUCGAUUCUGCGUGGACAGCGAGAUGGCUCUGGACGGCAUUGAAAGCAGUAAAAUGCUAGUGAUCAGCCCAUGUGAACUGUCAGCACACACUCAGAGAUGGGAGAUGCCUUUCUCGUGAUCCUUCCUCCUUGGCUUCUCCUCACGUUUCAGAGCUCAGCUGGAGUCAAAGAUGGAUAGGGAGGCAGAGAGAGCGAGUGUGUACCUCCAGGAGGGGCUACAUCUGUGUCCUGCUGUUCUGCUAUGUCCACUCCCUUUGUCUCUUCGGCACACCACAGGUUCCCAGAGUGUCAAUCAUACUGAUGCUCUCCAGAACAGAGUUUGGCAGCUGGACGCACACAAACUUGCAGGACACACACCGAGUGUGACACACACACUCACACUGGAGAACAGCACACAACCUUUUUAAUUUGUUAUGCUUGAAUUUACCCCAAUACGAAGCACUUGUGAGAUACAUCUGCUAGCACAUCGGCAUACAAUAAA